CGAAGCUUCACGCGCACAGUCUCGUGUCUGUGCUUCUCUGUAGCACUCAUAGGCUGGUAGCGUAACAAGCUACGCAUUCCUGGAGAAAGAUAAAGAGUGUGUGUAUGUGUGUUAGAGAGAGAGAGGGAGAGUGAGCGCGCACAGAGAUGUCUUGAGAUGUCUGAUGGAUUACUGGGUGGACCUGGUUGUCCGUUACGCAGUAGGAGUUUGAUUUUUGGACUUUGUUCAUGAUGGAUCGGACAAACUGACGUGAAAAUUGACAACUCGCUUGCAAAAGCGGAAAGGUUUUCACCAGCCCAGGUAACCCGGGGGAGAAGAUGGACGCUGAGAGUCUUGUUCAACACGUUGAAAGAGACGCGGGGGCCACUUUGUGGCCACUCUCAGAGACCACCGACUGGCCUGAGGACGGAAACGAGACGUUUGGGAAUCAGUUCCAGCAGCCGGACUGGCAGGUGGCUCUGUGGGCUAUAGCGUACUCCCUCAUCAUCCUGGUUUCCAUCACUGGGAAUGUCACAGUGAUCUGGAUUAUUCUAGCUCACAGACGCAUGAGGACCGUCACCAACUACUUCAUCGUCAACCUGGCCUUUUCAGAUGUUUCCAUGGCAACCUUCAACACUCUUUUUAACUUUGUCUAUGCGCUUCACAAUGACUGGUACUUUGGUCUGGGCUACUGCAGGUUUCAGAACUUCUUCCCCAUCACGGCCAUGUUUUCAUCUAUAUACUCGAUGGCUGCCAUCGCAGUGGACAGGUACAUGGCGAUCAUCCACCCUCUUAAGCCCCGCCUGUCCUCCACCUCCACAAAGGUUGUGAUCGCAGUGAUUUGGAUUGUGGCAAUCUUACUGGCUUUCCCACAGUGCUACUACAGCGUGACUAGAUAUUACUACCCCAGAACCGUGUGCAUGGUGGACUGGCCUGACGAUUAUGGAGGAACACAUCAACUAAGUUACCAGUAUGCGGUGAUUUUGCUGAUCUACUUGCUCCCUCUGUUGGUGAUGCUUGUGACCUACAGUUUAGUCGGCCGCUCGUUGUGGGGCGGACACAUUCCUGGAGAGGCGACAGACCAUUACCACAGCCAGAUAACAGCCAAGAGAAAAGUGGUGAAGAUGAUGAUUGUUGUGGUGGUGACGUUUGCACUGUGCUGGUUGCCCUAUCACAUCUACUUCAUACUGGGGUCAUUUAACAAGGACAUUUAUAAACAGCAUUACAUUCAACAGGUGUAUCUGACCAUAUUCUGGUUGGCGAUGAGUUCAACAAUGUACAAUCCCAUCAUCUACUGCUGUCUAAACCAAAGGUUUCGUGCUGGUUUCCGUCACGCGUUUUCUUGGUGUCCCUUCAUCCAAGUGUCAGAGGAGGACAAGAUGGAACUGCAGCACACACACACCUUCAGAGUCACCAUGACACGCAGCCACCGCAAUGACAACACAUACACACACGCCUCCGUCAAAGCAAACAACACCUUUGACACAAACACUGACAAGGGGAGAGAUGUUUGCAUUCAGCUUCAAAAACAAACAUCACUGGGAAGAAACAGCACACAUGACACACACGCUGUGAGGAGGCCAGACCAUUCAUGAUCUGCAUCCAACAAACUCAUGGAGAACAACCACUGACUGUUGAUUGGAAGGAAGAUUGGUUUCCAUAAAGCUGCAACAGAGUUAAUUAUAAAAAGACUGACACAGAAGAAGGAACAUUUGUAAAGCACACCAAGGUUAAACCAAGGAAAAGUGUAGAGAUAAAAGUUGUUCAUGGGACUUGACAUUGAAUUAUUUACUUUUUUUUUGUUAAGGAGGAAGAUGAAUGAAUGUGACUUUCGAUCUCAUGGAUGUUAGCUGUUCUUGCCAAAGUGAUCAAAUGUUUAUGUGUAAGUAUAGCUAUAAACAUACUAUACAACAAAAGAUGCUUUUUCAUGCAUUGUUAGAAAGUGUUGUAAAAAUCUGAAGAAAAAUAUGCCCAUCAUUCCUUUUCUCUUCCCUCCAUUCUUUACAUAUUUUCUUCAGUGUUACCUGUUUUGUUUGUUUUUUGCAAAAAGCUGUGAACUGUGAAUAUGUUUGUGUACCUUAAGAUGUUUUUAUUCAGUGUUUUCUGGUUUUCUAGAGCACAGAACAGUCGACUGGCAUCAGCACCAAGCCUUAACGUUGUUGUUUUUCUGGGUUUCUUUUUACUGCCUGGGAUAGUGGACUGAAAGAGAUUUAUUCACUUUCUUCCUCUCUACCAAUCAUUGUGAUUCAAAGGUAACAUUGUUGAUUUUAAAAUGUAUAUUGUUCCUUGUGAAGUGCUUGUUUGAGAUGCUUGAAUUUAACUGUUUGACACAUUAGUGUGACAGCUUCUCAGAUAUUUUCUCCUGUACUUAUAACUGCAGAGAUGUUGCAUUAAUCAGGGUUUGAUAGUAAGGUUACAAUUUCUCUUACAGAAAAGAAAUUAAUGAAUUCCACCAUUUAUUGUUUCACAUGUUCAACAUGUGGAAAACUUUUGAAUUUCAUGUUCAUUUUUCAGGGUAUAGGAGCUAACAACAUCCUGGUGCUUAUUAUAAAUACACGUAUAUGAAACGCUGAAAACUUAAACUAAAUAUGUGUGGACUUGCUGGAGUUAGGUUAUUGGCAUUUUUCCAUUCAUUUAUUCACAUUGAUACCAUGUUGAAGUGUACCAGUAUCACCACUUUCAUUAGCAGUGAGAAAGUCAUCUCCUGUUUCUUAUAUCGACAUCAUCAUCGAUAUUGACCAUUGUAUAUUUUAAAUCAAAAAACUAUCUUAAAUGAGUCUUAUUUCUCAGCACUUUCUGGAUGUUUCUGUAGGUAUAGCACUAUUCCUUGAACAUGGUGUACAGUUAUACAGUGUAUAAUAGUUCUAAGAAAAUGCUGUGUAAUGUGAAAUGUACCAUCAACUGAGUAUACGCAAUGUAAAAAACUGGAUUUGUGUAAUGUUCUCGACAGUUGGCUCGUGAUAUUAAUGAAACAUUUUUACUUUAACAGAUACGCACAGUGACAUUUUGAGACAGCUUAUCAUUGUUGACAUGUUCUUAAAUGUGACAGUAUGUGUAUGUGUGUAAUGCUCUGAGAGUUUUUCACUAAGUGUUAAAUAAAGUAAAAACAACCUCUGAA